CAGUAUGCAGUUGCCACUGCACAGUCUGCACCCGUGUGUUCGCGUAGUGCGUCUUAGGAAACUGUCUGUUUCGUCGACACAACACACACGACACGUACGUGCUCAAACACGUGCAUGUACACACAUCCGUACGCGCGUACACAGACAUACGCAUGCACGAAAUCGAAUUUCAAAACCAGUGGAAAAUUAAAAUUAUCGUGGCGGUGGAACGUACGCGCACAGUGGACGCGUUUCGCCCUCGCGUUGAUGUGGCCGCGAGUUCGGAUUAGUGCGCUGGUUUAUCGGCGAGGAAGAGGCUUCCAGUGGUUGUUUUCAGACGGCUGAAGUGUUACCCCGAUUAGAAUGGUCGCUAGUGUCGCGCGCAUCGCUGGCAGCCCGUACAGUGUUGUCGUCGCGCAGCCAAAAUAAAGUCGGCGGUGGCUGUACCUUGGAUGACCACCAGUGCGAACGUACGUCUGGUGUCCGCCGUUUAACGGAGGCGGGACAAGUUAUGUGGAAUUGUGAUUGACCGCCGUUUCGCCGAGGACAAUGGGUAUCACAGCUCUCUAAACGUGUGCAUCCGUGUAUUUUAAAAAAACCGGAUUCGGCUCCGAGACAGCCGAGCUAAGACUGUUUUGCUUGGCUGUUCGUUCACCUUCUGGCGUUUACUUCUUCUCUUGUGACACUCGGUUCGGAUCGCGGUCUGCUUCGUACGAAAGAAAAAGGGAAACGAAAAAAAGAGGUCUUGCCUGGGGGGGGGGAAAAAAAUUUGCCGAGGCAACACGCAAUUCGUCGCACUUGUUUUCAACAACUUUUAUCCGCCCUGACGUGAUUCGCCCGGUUUGCCCGCCACAGGACGGGUUAUGUUUCCCACUUUCAUCGGAAUUCUAGACAUACAAUCGUGGUGGGAGGUGCCAAGUAUAGCACACUUCUGCUCAUUAUUUAGGGCUGCCUUCAAUCUUCUGGACUUUGAUAUUGAGGAUUUAGAAGAAGCUUUAUUAACGGAUGGUGGAACUGAGGGACAUUUAGUACAGGAGCUAAUAGUCAGACUGCUUGAAGGUUGUUUACCAAAUGACACUCGCAAUGACAUCUCAACCUUUAAUUAUCAGAUGUUUCUUCGUAGACUUUUUCGAAAGAAAUGUCAGGAAUACAAGUGUGAAAAUCCUUUUAACACAGAUGUAGAUUUUGAGUUAUUGCCACUUCGUCAAAAAGUAGAAAUCUUACGUGCUCUCUGCGACUUCAGGCUUGACGCUGAAGACGUGGAGCAAUCAUUAAGUAAUUUGGACUCGGAUAGCCUGCGAGUCGAACCUUUAGGACAUGAUCGUAAGAAUUCUGCCUAUUGGUACUUUUACGGCACUCGAUUAUAUAGGGAGGACUACAUUGAUACUUCUAACAGCACGACGAAACAGAGUGGCGAAGGAGGAAGAGGAAGAGGAGGAGAAGAAGGAAGACAGUUUAAUACAAGAGGAGGGAAAGGAAGUGUUUGGCAGGUUGUCUGUUUUACUCAGCAGGAUUGGAGUCGUCUAGUUGAGAAAUUUCGUGAUUCGGAGUACGAUACCGAACGUAAACUUUACCGUACUCUAUCCGAGAAUUUCAUGCCCGAAAUCCCGAAACUUUUUGAUUUAAAAGAAAAGCAACAAAGACGCAAAUUGUUACAACGUAAUAGUUCGCGUGUACUUCGAAGUCACGAACUCACGACCCAGAUGGAAACAGUCAUGGUUAGAUCGAAGAUUAAAACUAAAACAAACAAAGGGAGUAAAAAAGGGACUCAGAAUUCAAAGAAUGUUUAUGUUAAAGAGGAGACACCUCCACCUUUACCUUCACCGCCAGUUCAGAAAAAAGGACGGCAAACUAAUAAUUCGUUGGCUUCAGCUGUUGGUCAAAUUGUGAUUCAUACUAGGGAUGAAGUGGAGGGAUUAGAGAAAAAGAAAGGCAUUGGGAGUAACAGCGAUGGGAAUUAUGUGUCUUCUAAUUAUGGAUAUAAAUACGGUUAUUCGUUUGGAAUUGAGGAAGAAGAACGUCGUGUUGGAAUGCACAAAGUUCUUGAAAGUCUUAAAGAUCAUGUGGAUGCCUGGCCAUUCAUUGAUCCUGUGGAUGAAGAAUAUGCCCCAAGAUACUAUAGCGUGGUACGAAAACCGAUGGAUCUUAGUACAAUGGAAGAGAAACUUGAAAAUGGUUUAUAUAAAAGUUUAAGUGAAUUCAAACGUGAUUUUCGACUUAUAGUAGAUAAUUGUAGGCAAUAUAAUGGUUCUGAUAAUGAAUAUACAGAGAUGGCAUUCAACCUUAAAGAAGCGUUUGAUAAAGCAGUGGGACGUUAUUUGGAAUCGGAAACAUCCAGUGAUGAAGAUCCUUCAUCACCGAAGUCAUUUCUUGCUACUCCCACGUCUCCAUUGUGUCCUCGCGUUUCGUCUCCUCAUCAGAAUAGAAAACGUUCGAAAAAAUCUACGAAAAAGUCGAAGUCAUACAAAUCUGAAACUAAAGGAAAGGCUAAAGCAAAUGAUAAAAACGAUGAAGAAGAGAAACGAGGGAAAAAUUACAAACUUCCAAAGAAAAAGAGAGGCAAAAAGAAGAGUAAAAGAACAAAGGACGAAGAAUUUGUAAACGAGGAAGAGCAGGAAGAGCAGGAAGAGCAGGAAGAGCAAGAGAGUGAGGAAACAAUGUCUGAAUCGAGUAUCAUAACGUCAAAAAGAAAGAAACUUAUCGACGGAAAUAAUUUAUUAUUGAAAACCAAAAAGCUGACACCCAAAGAAUCAGAAGAGUUUAAGAAAGUAGAUAGAAAAGUUAGUAAAGAACGUCAUCAACAGAAGAAAGAGACGGAAAAUGUACGGCAGGUAAAAGAAUCGAAGGAGAAUAAGAAGCGAAAAGAGGAUUUCGAGGAAGAUUAUGAUCCUCUAGUCGUCGUAAAGAGUAAAAAUAGAAAAAUUGAAAAAAAGGAACUCGAGGAGCCGGAAAUAUUUACAGAUAACGCGAAGAAGAAUAAAGUGAAGAAAACCGAAUCUCACGAAAGUGAACCAGUUCCAGAGAAUAAAGAGAAAACUCAGCAUAUCAAAGUUAAGAAAAAUCGAAAGAGGGAAAAGACGGGAUUAAAGAUUUUAAAAUCUGACGAGAAGUCUGAAAAAAGCCGUGCCAAGGACAAGGAGAAAAAAUUAAAACAGAAAAGUGAUGAACUCAGAAAUGGGGAGAUAUCGAGUGAAAUGAAUUCCAAAGAUUUAGAUCUAGAAAGCGAUAUAGAUUCAAAAGAAACACAUACGUCUAAGAAAAUUUCUGCAUUUAUAGGUGAUAAAGAUAUAGAGUCGUUGGAUGGUUUAAAGGAUAAAAUAAGCGAAAGACGACGGGAGGAAAAGUUGAAAAACGAGAAGGAAAAACAGAAGAGAACUGGGAAGAACGACCUUCACAACAUGUAUUCAAAAAAAGUGCCUUCAAAUGGUAGUACCUUUCACGACAGCGAUAAACCCAACGCAAAACGACCAAAGUUAAAAAAGGGAAUAAAAGAAGAUAAAGUUCCUACCACGGAAAAUCUUGUCAAAACUCAAGACCAAGAAGUAGCUGAGACUAAGAAAGUAAAAGCAGCUCAGUCGAAGCAUACCAAAGGAUUCGGAAAAGAAGAAAGCUCCAUGCAAGCAUUGAAUCAAGCGACGGAGCAAACACUUCAUGACAUCAACAAAUGGUUAGAUGACGCACCAAGACUAUCUGAAUUUUCUUCAGGAAGUGAUUCGCCGAUAUUCCAUUCUUCGUCCGUCGAAUCUGGUCGAUCAGGUCCGAAAAUAGAAGCACCGAGGAAACGACCAAGUUCUAUUAAAAUCUUCGGUCCUCACGGACACAGUAGACCAAAAAAGAUUCAGCGUACAAUAGACCGUUUGCAACCUGGUAAAAGUAAGGGAAAUUUACUUUUAAAGAAACCAUUGAACUUGCCUAACGUUAAUACCGCUGAAACGACGGUGCAAUUGAUCAACGACAAUGAUCAAACGAACAAAAAUGCGGACGAAGAACCAAAACUGAGCCUGGGAACUGUUUUGAAAAACGUAGAUUCCAUACAGUUAAUUUGUAAAAGUUUAGUUUCCUCGCCCAAUCCUAAUUUUUCAAACGACGACGAAGAAGAAGACCACAACACUCUUCCUGCAGUUCCGGUGUCUAAUCUGAAGGAGGAGAAAACGUCCGGGGUAACUACAACGCAAACACCUGCGGUUGUAGAAGAGUCUAAAGAUAGUCAGUCUAGCGCGAAGGACACGCAGAAGCCCAAAGCAGCGACGCCAAAUUUGAGUGCUUGGUUCAAAGCGUUCGGAGCGCCCAAGUCGAAAAAGAAGGACGAGGACUCGGAGGACGGUACAGCGAAGAAGGAUGCUGAAUUGCAGGAAGUGUUUUGUGGUAGACAAAGAAGAAUGAGUACUGGUGGUAGUAGUGUAAGUGAAUCUGUUUCGAGUUUCUCCCAAGAAUCACCACCUGGACGCUCGGGUCGAUCUCCACAGGGGCAACCGAUAAUUGCUUCGGUCGAGCCACAGAUUAGAGGAGCCGGAUUUUAUCAGGAUGCUUUAUCGACAGGAAGUAGUCCUUACAAUAGCCCCUAUUAUGCUACACCUCCAAGAUACAGCGCUCAAUUACCUCCCACACCAUCACCGCAAAACCAUCCUCUGUCUCCAGCCUAUCCAUCGUCGUACGAACAGGCACCUCUCUAUUCCCAGAUACCGGCCCAACAAACACAUCAGACAUUUCAGAAAUCACCUCAGGAAAGUUCUGGGGAGAUGUAUCAUCAAUUGUCGCCGACAUUUCCUCAGCGAUCUCCGCAAACUAAUUUUCCUCAAAAUUCAACGCAAAACGAACCAUUUAAUCAGCAGUUGCAAUCUUCUCAGAGUCAGAGUCAAUCUCCUGUUUAUUCACAGCAUUCACCGCAACCCAUACAACAGGUAUAUCCUCAGCCUUCGCCGCAACCACCGCCGUCAAAUUAUUCUCAACCGUCUCCUCAACAACCAGCUACUCCCAAAUAUUCGCAACUCUCUCCUCAACAAAACGCUGCCAAUUACUCUCAGUCGUCUCCGCAAGCUGCCAAUUAUUCUCAACCUUCGCCUCAGCAACCGCAUUCACCUUAUUCCCAGGCCUCUCCUCAAGCACAACCAAAUUAUUCUCAACCAUCUCCACAGCAACAACACUCGCCGUAUGCACAAUCUCCACAGCAAUCGUCCGGAUAUUCCCAGAUGUCUCCUCAACCACCGCCAUCAAAUUAUUCCCAACAAUCGCCACAGCCACCUUCUAAUUACUCUCAGCCAUCACCUCAACCACCUUCCAAUUACUCUCAGCCAUCACCUCAACCACCUUCCAAUUACUCUCAGCCAUCACCUCAACCAACUUCCAAUUACUCUCAGCCAUCACCUCAACCACCUUCUAAUUAUUCUCAGCCAUCACCUCAACCACCUUCCAAUUACUCUCAGCCAUCACCUCAACCACCUUCCAAUUACUCUCAGCCAUCACCUCAACCACCUUCCAAUUACUCUCAGCCAUCACCUCAACCACCUUCCAAUUACUCUCAGCCAUCACCUCAACCACCUUCCAAUUACUCUCAGCCAUCACCUCAACCACCUUCCAAUUACUCUCAGCCAUCACCUCAGCCACCUUCUAAUUAUUCUCAACCAUCGCCACAACCACCUUCCAAUUAUUCUCAACCUUCGCAGCAGCCAGCUGCGAAUUAUUCUCAGCCGUCACCGCAGCCACCUUCCAAUUACUCUCAACCAUCGCCUCAACCUCCUCCAGUGUACCCUCAGCAAUCUCAGCCUUCAAAUUUCUCACAUCCAUCGCCCCAGACACAUUCAACCGGUUAUACGUCGUCCUCGCCUCAGCCUCUCACCACAGGCUACUCCCAGCCGUCGCCUCAACCUCGGAACUAUUCUCAACCUUCGCCUCAGCAAAUUCACACCUUUCCUCAACAUUCUCCACAACCACCACCGUCAUCGUAUUCUCAACCCUCGCCUCAGAAUGCACCAUAUUCUCAGCCGUCGCCGCAACAACCAGUCAAGUACUCCCAGCCUUCUCCGCAACAGUCUGCGAAUUACUCACAUUCAAUACACUCGCCUCAAACGCCACAAAAUUACUCGCAGAUGUCACCUCAGCAAGCACCACCGAGCAAUUACUCUCAACCGUCGCCAUCACCUUCGCAAUCUCGAAGCUAUCCUCAACCGUCUCCGUCACCUCAACAGUCCCGCAACUAUUCGCAACCAUCGCCAUCUCCUCAGCAGUCGCACACUUACGCCCAACCGGCGCCAUCGCCUCAGCAAACUCGCACGUAUUCCCAGUCCUCGCCUCAACAAAAGUCGCAGCAAGCGUCACAGUCCUCGCAACAGCCUUCGAGUUACUCGCAGCCGUCUCCUCAACAAAGUACAAACUACAGUCUACAACAGUCGCAGCCGCAGUCGCAAAAGGUUGCGGAGGAAUAUACACAGGCCACGUCGACAUCAUUGAAUUACUCUCACGGAUACAAGCAGAACCACUCGUACAUUCAGUCGCCAGCGUCGUCAACGUUGAACGACACAGAACAACACCGGGCGGAUUAUUUGAAGUCCAGCAACACGGAGAAGCCGACGAGCGCAGAGCAGCAAAGGAAUUUCGCUACACCGUCGGAGGCAACGUCGUUGAACCUAAACGCGAAUCAUCAGAUUUAUCAGUCGCCGAACCAAUAUCCACCGACGUUUGGCAACAAUUACGCCAAUGUCGAUCUUCAAAGGUCUGUUUCGAGACCACACGGCGGUCAGGAACAGGCGCCACAGCAGCAGCAGCAGCAGCAACAGCAGCAACAACAACAACAACAACAACAACAACAACAACAACAAUCGUCUCAGGAGAGGCCUAGUUUCACGGACCUUAGCAAUUCUCUGAACGCUCAGAAGUACGCUCAGCAGCGGUCGUUCCUCGGCAAAACAUCGAACACGGGCGAGCAACUGUCGACGCAGGAUCAGUCGCAGAUUCUUGCGUUCCAACAGAACCUGACAGCGCACGAGUCUCUUUAUCCUGGUGGUUUCCAAUCGUCCGGUUAUCCGAUGCCAAACUCCCGGCCGGUGUAUCCCAGCCCGCAUUACUUCGAUGCUGGCUCGAAGAGCGCAACCAACAGCGGGGCAGCGAACAGUUCGACGAGUAACUUGCCACCGGUGAAGAAACGUAUUUACAAUGAAUCGUCCGCAGAAGCGUCGCGUGGCUUGACGCAGGAAACAGCGGCGAGAACGGGCCAGGAGCAAUUCGGCUUUGAUCCUAUAAUGGCGUUGCCGCAGCCGGAGACAGUUUCAGCUAGUCAGUUCGACGCAACGUUCGUCGGGAACCUGGCCGAUUCCGUGGCAACGAAUCCAGCGUACGCCCGUUUGGGUCUAGGUCUGGUGGGUCGUACGAGCAAGGAACAGCAACAAUUGUUGACGAUUCCUCGACCACCACCGACGAAAUCGGAACACCUAGCAUACGCUCGUAGUCCGGCUUCCGGUGCCCCGGAACUUGACCUGAAUUUGCUUCAAAGUUUACAGACGGCAGCUGCAAAGAACACGCAGGGUAUACUAUCGAUGUCGUCGUCCUCGUCGUCGUCGUCGUCUCGCAGGAGCGGGGAAACGUCCGGUGGUUCAACGUCGGCGCCUACGAAAACGAAGAAGAGCAGAAAGAGCAAGCAACAGCAGCAAGAGCAACAGAAUGUGACGAGCGUCUCGUCGGCUGUCAGCACGGAGUCACAAUCCAGCGCGGGUAUACCUGGUUUCCCCCAAUACACGGGAACGUCGGCGGACUCGAUCGGUCUGAAGAACACCACCAUGGUCCCACCAACUGGGAGUGCCUUUAACUUCGCUGCGUCGACCAGCACCACGACCAGUUCACCUUUCUACGACAAGGAUGCGUCGGCCGCGGCGGCGGCGUUCGCGUUUCUCGACGAGUUUCGAAAUCCGAAUAGUUACUACAGCAUGGCGCUCAGGCAGCAGCAGCAACAACAGCAGCAACAAGUCCCGCCGGUGACCGAUGCCACGCAGCAAGCCUGCAACAAGCUUAGCAACCAACCGCCGAGAAAUUAUCCGCCUCAUCCUUUCCUCCACUCCGCUCAGAGGUCAGCAGCUUACGGGCCACCGGUGUCGGCAUACGUGACGCCUCACGGGCCGAAUUUGACGAUGGACCCGACCGCUUAUCAACAGUACAUUCACUCCCUGUAUGCACUUCAACCACCACCCCAUCAUCAUCGACCGUCCUGGCUUUAGCCGUUAAAAUCUUUGUAACGAGCAUUUUCGAAAGUUUAUACACGACGUUUCGUUAGCGAAUGUACCGUCCCCGUCCUCGCGAGGAAAUGGUAUUUCUGACCAGAGAGAGAGAGAGAGAGAUAACAACGACGGUAGAUACUUGUUUUGCCGAUCAAGCCGUUUCGUUCGCUAUCAGAUGAGACAGGUUUUUAUUGUAAAUAUCGUUUCGUCUGCAACACUGUAAUCAAAACUUUCUUCUUUUUAGGGGAAAAAAAAAAAAAAGAGAAAUGACACCGAUGUUUCUUUCCUGUAAUCGAUGUGACUAAGAAUAAGGGUCUUUGUUAUAAUAGAAUCGCGAAGAUUUUUUUUUUUUUUAACUUUUUUGAACGGAGGAAUUUAUUUAUUUUUCACCGACGGAUAUAUAAUUUUCGAUUAUCUGCUUUAUUUUUUUAUCAUUGACAUCAUUCUUUUUUUUUUAUCGUUUUUUCGAAGGAAAAUCUCGGUACUGUGAUGAUAAGGAUCGAAGAACGUUUUGAUUAUUGUAUCCCUUAAAAUCAUCGACACAUUAUGAACUGGAAAACAUCAAAUAGUAGAAAAAAAACUCUCUCUCCUUUUAUGAAUAUUGUUUUAACGAUUGACUAGCGAACAGCGGAUGUUUUUAAUGCUUUUCAAAAUCAAUAACAGAUUGGCCUUUUCAUCGGCAUGUCUUUCUUAGUUUUCGCAUUUGUUUCCUUUUCUUUUUUUCUUUUUUUCUUUCUUUUUUUAUAAAUACUGUACGGAUCUUUGACACUUUUACACGGUGUAACAGAAACAAAAGAAUUUACCUUUAAAGUGGGUAAUUUAUUAUGUAGUCAUAUGUAUAUAAAGGAUAAGCCUACUUUAUUGUAGGAAUUUUUGAUAGUUUUUUUUCUAAUGACUAGUCGACAGCUUAGACGUAAGUUGAGUCGCUAGUGCCGGAAGUAACCUUCUAUCAAAAGUUCCUCUAUUUAUUGCGCUCUCGAUGAUGUCCCCCUUUUUUUCUUUCUCGAUCUGCCCUUCGAGAUACAGAUUACUCGAUAGUUGAUUUUUUCGCGCGAAAAAAAAAGAAAAAAAGAAGAUUACGAUGGUCCACGUUUAUAACCGUGCUAAUCUCGCCUGUGGAAAAUAUGUUGGUCUAGAUAAUCGACUAAAAUGGAAAGAUGAAGAAAUUUACUAGACACGCAAGAAACGUAGAGUGUAUACGUAUCAUAUGUGACGUCUGAUUUUUUAAAAGAUUUCUGUACGAUAUCGAGCGCACUGUUGCUGGUGUAUCUUAUGUAGAAUAUAUAGAUUCGUUAGCGCGUAAGCUAGAACAUUUGUUUCUUUGUAUAUAAAAUACAUAUCCUUCAUAGACGAUGUGCUCGAUGUAAAGAAAGAUCUGCAAAGUUGAAUACCUUGUAGAGUCGUCCGCGGUAGAUUAAAAGAAAAAAAAAAAAAAGAAGAGGAAGAAGAAG